UGUCAUUUGUUCGUGUCUGUCAUGUUCGCCGUGACAAACAAAAUUCCUACUCAUUCCGUGAUUGCUGUUUUCAAUCAUUUGUACUUUUCACGUUUAGCUUAAACUGUAGAAAAAUGUAUCCAAUGGGAAGUAACACCAUGGCCGGUCCGUUCUGGAGCAAUGGUCCUGCUCCGGGUGCAUACUACCACUUCCCGGGCAGUGCAGUCAAUGGUAACGCAACGCUGGCACCACGUUCGGAUACUUCCGGUGACUUUGGCACACAACGGUCGUACUACCCAGUAACCACCGGCACAUCCGUGGUCGGUUUAAUGUUUAAGGACGGUGUGAUCAUUGCGGCGGAUAAGCUUAUUUCGUACGGAUCGCUUGCACGAUUCCACGAUGUGGACCGUGUGUAUCGUAUAAACGACAAGACUGUCCUCGGAAUCGGCGGAGACUUUGCCGACUUUCAGUACAUCAAGCGUCACAUCGAUCAGAAGGUUAUCGACGAUCAGUGCCUGGAUGAUAAGAACGAAAUGAAGCCACGCUCUUUCUACAAUUGGCUCACCCGGGUGAUGUACAACCGUCGGUCCGAUUUCCAACCACUCUACCUCGAUCUCGUCAUUGGCGGUAUGCAGGACGGUGAACCGUUCUUGGGACACGUGAAUCUGCGUGGCCGUUCGUACACUAGCAAUGUCGUAGCAACUGGGUAUGGUACGCAUUUGGCACUGCCACUGUUGCGCGAGUAUUCAGAGAAUCCGGAAGCCUAUCAAAACCUCGGUCAGCCCCAAGCGAAUGAUCUGAUGAAGCGCGUAAUGGAGGUGUUAUGGUAUCGUGAUUGCCGCAGCGAUCCGAAGUACUCGCAAGCCAUCUGUACUGUUAACGGUGUACAGCUGGAUGCCGAUUGUUUCGUCGCACAGAACUGGGAUCUGGCCCAUACGAUCAAGGGGUAUUGAGGGGCAUGGUUUGAGUGAUUUCUAAAACACGAAAUAAUUUACAAACAAAUCUUCUAAUAAACACUAUCUAAUAAACGGA